AUGUGGCUUCAGAUCUCGUGGAUUCUCUUGAUGACUACAAUGUUGUUGUCAAAUGCUGAACUGCCGAGUGACAAUGACAAUGAAGGUAAUUUAAUGGAGUUGUAUCAGUCGGGAUUAAAGAGUAAUCCGCUAUGAAAAUUUUACAGUGUCUUGAGGCAGACAUUUCUAGAGAUCUUGUAACUACGAAAUUUUGGGGUCAGGGCAGUGUUCGUUUCAGAGUAAUGAAACAAAUACGAUGUGGAACACAAUUUCAACGAAGCAGCUAAGCUAUGUCACCUAAAUCGAGGCUGCACGACAAAGAUUUUUGUAUCUACAAUAGUUGAUUGACAAUUUUGAAAUUUACCCGUGUUAGUGCGGUACAAAAAAUAAUAUAAACAGUCACGGCACUGGGACACUUGAAUGUUCAUUAUUUUUUCCGUACAAAACUCUUGCUUCAAACACGUUUGUCUUUUUGAGCGAGAAACGGGAGAGUCUAGAAUCCGACUGAUGACCGAUGCUGACCCCACUUUGCGUAAAACUUCCUUCAUCUCUUGGAGUAAAGAAAAAACGUCACACUCUGCAAACUGCAGGCCAGGAGUAUCUCGGUGUUAGCUGACGGCUCAGUCAGGAUUUCGGGGUUGCAAGCUUACAGUGGCGCAUAAGUCUUCUCGUUGCUUUAACUUUCAAUCGAGGCACGGGAAGUGAAGAGGGGAGUUUUCUCCUAUGCGAACUUUGAGUAGCCUCAGAAGAUCACAAGAAUAAUAAUCUUUGUACUGUUCCCUAACUAACUUACAUAUCAUUACAAAAGAUGAAAUUAGACUACUGGGAAUAACCCCAGGGGAUAGCGUUAGCGAAAGUAGACAGCGAAUAGGGAUUGGGUUAUUGAGCCGCUAGUUGGUAAACAGAUCUAUAUUUAGACCAUAAUGGUUUUGAGUCGAUAUUGAUUUUCAGGGGAAUCACAGGAGGGAAGAAAAGUAUUUGUGUCUUAAUGCAACAACAAAAACAACAACAAAGAACAUUCGAGCGAAUUUUCAAGCAAAUUUUGUUAUUCUUUUUUCAAAACUGAAGCGAAAAACCUGAUGGAUUUGCAACCCAAGUACACUUUUCAGAGGCCAGAUCGGCUGAAAACGGUUGUGGAGAAUGACAUGGUUUUGUAUGAACCAGAGUCAGGAUUUGGAGAACUGGUGGAUAAGCACAAACUGAGAGUUCAGAGGAGUUCCACACUUUCAGGGUGUGGGGGUCCUUUACUGAUGAAGUUAUUUUUUUUUUCUUUGCUUCGAGAUGGAAGGAACAUACCCCCCCCCUAGGAUCCCCUCCCUUGGCUGUGACUUAAGUUCAUUGUUAUUGCAUUUCUUGACAGAAGAGAACUCCAGUCCAAGGAGCAUGCCGGAUUUCUGGUUGUUUGGCGACAUUAAACUUACAGAUCAUCAAAAAGUUCUACUUGAUGUGCCUGAAGGUGCGAAGGAUAAAUUCGGUUUUCCACGAAAACCCCCAGCUGCCACACGAGAGAAAACCUUGCUGUGGGAUAAUGGAGUUAUACCGUAUGAGUUUGACUGCAGCUUGCGUAAGUGAUUCAGAAAUUACAGAACCGCAUCAACAAGGACGUUUUUGAGCUACGGAGUACAUCUGAACAUCUGAUGUUCUCUCGAGCGGCUCACUUUUGUAGAUAGCAUCACCCCAUUGCUGAGCGCGAUCGACCAGUGGUAGGGCAUUGCUGGAAGCAAUCAGUCGAAUUUGAUUUUUCUCAGCCUUCUAAGAAACUUCUUCCUAAGAAACUUCUCUUAUAUAAAGCUACAGAUUUAGUGUUUACAAAGUCAAGGCUGAAAUUUAUAGGCAAAGAAGUCCUCUGCAACGGAUUGCUGUGUGUUCAAUGCGCGCCAAUGAAAGAGAUCAAAUUCGUAGCUCAAAGCGUCACUGCUUUUCAAAGCUCAACUCAAAAGUCUAAAUGUUGGAAGUCGAGGAUUGUCAUUUACUUCUUGCAAAUUCUCUUAGAAGUUAAAACCAAGUUACAUGAAAUUACUAACAAGUUAUCAUGAUUUUCAUGUAAUUUAUCCUCCACGCUACUGUUAGCUGUUGUUUUAUUAUUUGAGUUUUGCAUGCAGCUUAGUAUCAAGUUGACGAAUUCAUGUAAGGAACUAAAUUUCUCUAAAUGUCAGUUAGUAAACGUGAAAAUUUCCAGCCAUUUCUCCGCUAUUUCUAUUGAUGAUCAGUGAGAGACAAAGACGAAAGGGAUUUCCUUCUUGUUUACCAACGGGUUUCUAAGCGUCAGUUACCGGCAGUCUACAGCCGCUUGUGAAAUCUCUCAACGCCGUCCAUUUUAGCUUACGAGCAAGCUAUCGCAUUUGGAUUUUACCUUGCGAUUUUACCUUGUUUGAGAUCAUUUAAAAAUUAAAUUAUAACAUAUUUUUUUUAUUGUCCUACUUUUAUUGCUACACAGAAAACAUGCCAGAACUGCAAAGAAUAAUCCGACUGGCUAUGAAUGACUGGGAAUCGAAAACCUGCAUCAAGUUUAUAGAAAGAACCAACGAGAAGGAUUACGUCAAUUUCUUUCGAGGAACUCAGUAAGAAAAAUGGUUUUUUUUGGAUCAAAGUGUUUGUGACCAUGUUUUAAUUCUAGCAAUCGUUUAAUCGAGUUAUUGUUUGAUAUGCGCACAUCUUUUCGACUUUUAAUGUUUGACUUCGUUUUCCAUCCCUCUUUCGACCUGCAUCCAGUUGUUACGGCACAGUAGGCAAGGCUCGAAAUGAACGCCGGGAAGUGUCUGUCGGAUUCGGGUGCGAGUACCAUCACGUGAUGGCACAUGAGCUAGGUCACGUGAUUGGAUUUUGGCACGAACAGAGCAGACCCGACAGAGACGAGUACGUGAAGAUAAUUUGGAAAAACGUGAACAGAGGUAGAUGAAAUGAAUUCGGUUAUGUUUUCCCUUUUUCAUAGAAUUUUAGAUAUUAGCUCGGUCAUGACUACUCUAACUUUUAGAAAGAGCUGGAUGGUAAUAAGGUGUUCAGCUUCACGCAGUAAACUGGAGAAACUGGCUCAUUUUGCUCAUGAGACACUGCUCGUAUCUGCAUUCCGACGUAAAGGGUUGUUUAGAAUCAAUUUACUUCUUCUUCGAUCACAGGCUGGGAACACGCAUUCCUCAAACAGACGUGGCAAGCUGUGGACUCUUUCGAUACGCCGUAUGAUUACAACAGCAUCAUGCACUACCGACUGAACGCUUUUUCGCGAUCAAGGAGAAGAAAAACAAUUAUACCCCUGAAGAAGGAUGCGCACAAAGUCCGGCCCUACAGAAAGAUAUCAAAGAUUGACGCGAUUCAGGUUAAAAGGAUGUACAAUUGUGAUGGUAAGACUUUCUUAGCUCUAAAAAAAAUCGGAAUCUAAUUUUAACGUGCCAGCGUUAUUGCAGACAGAUUUGUAGGACGGAAGUGGUUAGACUCCCGAACCCCAAGUGAACUGAGUACAAGCUGUUACGCCGCAAAAUGUAACAUUAACGCGAAAUGUAACAACUUUUGACGCGAAAUGUAACAUUAACCCGAAAUGUAAUUUCGACAAUUUACACUUUAUUUACAAUGCUCAUGUCCAAGUCUCUCAGUUAUUUCAAGGCUGUAACAUUUUGCUUGUUACAUUUCGCGUUAAAAAUGUUGUUACAUUUCGCGUUAAAAAGUUGUUACAUUUUGCGUCAAAAGUUGUUACAUUUUUCGUCAAAAGUUGUUACAUUUCUCGGCGUAACACAAGCCCCUUCCCGGGCGAGGUCACAAUUACUGUGAUCUGAGAAAAACGCGUUGACGGUGAAUUCAUAGGGACAAUUAAAAACAUUUCAUAAUCUUUGACAACUUUCUUUUAGUUAGCUCUCUCUUCAAACCGAAAUCAGAUGUUGAGCAAUCACGUUUUAGUCGCUGUGGUUACGUUUGUCUUACAUGUUUGAAACACUGGCAUACAUUUCUUGGAUUGCGGCCCGUUUAAGUAGAAGAGAUACCACUACGCUUGCCAAACGAAAGGGAGAUUGACUAUCUUUCCAUCAUGUUGUGUAUGUAGUGUCUGUUGAUCUGUUUGUCGCUGUAAAUUGUUCAGUGACAUCAUUUUGUCUCCUCCCUAGCUAAAAAUCAAAGACUUUUGAAUAAUUCAAGUCUUGAAGCUUUUAGACGAGCGAAAAGAGCCGUUGGCGGAGGAGGAUUGGUAACAAUCAGAGGAUCCAGUCUCCGCUCAAAAGAAGGUAAACAUUGCAAUACCAACUAAGACAACUUUUUACUCCAUAACUAUCGCAAAUAACAGCGGCAAUGUGAGAAGUGAGGAGUCUUCAACUGAAAAUAUAUAAAUAACGACUAAUCAAGUAAAUAAUUUCUAUAAGAUGUCCAUGAUGCAUAAUGAUUAUGACAUUUGAAUACUGAGGUAAUUAACGGUUUUAUUUCAACAGAGACAGAGAAAAAGAAAAAGACGACGAAAGAUCUAAACUGUAAAGAUACAAGUACAGCCUGUCCUUACUGGGCCAAGAAAGGUUUCUGCGAGGCACGGCAGGACAUCAAACUCACGCAUUGCAGGUUAAGCUGUAACGCCUGUGAUGAAGGUAACAACAGUCGAACAUGUGUUAAGCGGUAACCCACAGGGAAUGAUGGGGUGACAGCUAAAUAUACAGGGUGAUCGCUUAACACAGGUUCCACAAAUAAGGGGUAUUAUGAUACAUUCAACUCACUCUCUCUUUUCUGAUUGGCCGAAAGCGUACAGUGAAUUUUCGAAAUCAGCGUCUGGGAGGUCAUCAAGCUGCAGAUUAUACAAAACACUCAAGGCCACGGGUAAUCAUGUCAUGUAUGACCGCAGUGCAUGAUUUUAAGGGUAAUCAUGUUAAGUUCGCUCGCUUUGUGUUGCUUGCCGUCAGCGAAGACGCAAAAACUACUAAUAAAACAGUUAUUAGAUUCGGUUUUUAGUGAUAUCCAGAAUAAUCAAGGCCUCGGUAAGGGUUAUCGUAACCCCAGCCUUGACCUUGAUUAUUUUGGAUAUCACAAGAACCGAAUCUAAUAACUCAUUUUUUCUCUUUAUUUAUUAGCAAUUGAGGUUAAACCAUCAGAAAAACCUGACGGUGAAUGUGUAGAUAGAAAUGACGCUUGUGAACUCUGGGUAAAAAGCGGAUAUUGUGAAAGUCGACCAGACAUAAUGCGCGUGGAAUGUAGGAAAAGCUGUCGCAUCUGUAGUAAGUUGUCCGUGUCUAACUGUCAAAUGAUAUACAAGGGUAAGAGUGAAAGGGAGGGGAGGGGAGGGAGAGGAGAGUGGGCGAACGACAAGAAUGAGCGGCAUGUCAUGGAUUGAACAAAAAUGGCACGACUUGAAAUUUCCCAUCCUUAUCACCACCUCCAACAGAAGCAAACGAAUCAGGUGAUCUGUGCAAAAUAGCUAAUUACACUCCAGUACUAUAUAUGAGCCGUACAGCCCCGCGCAUGACUAUUUGAGGGCUGUAAGCAAUGAAAGUGGGGACGUACAAAGCCAUUCGACCCCGCGAGAAAAGAAGAAAGGAAGAAAGAGAACGGGGGGCGGUUAUUUUACAAAUAUUUGAAUGAGACAAGUUGAGCCGGACUUGAUCCUGACUAACCUUGAGACCGAUAUUAAACCUUCCAGCCCUCCGACUCUGUACACUUUACUGAUUCACGUGCACUUUACACUUUGCACUUCACACUCUGCACUUUACACUUUGCACUUUGCACUUUGCACUUUGCACUUUGCACUUUGCACUUUGCACUUUGCACUUUGCACUUUGCACUUUGCACUUUGCACUUUGCACUUUGCACUUUGCACUUAACACUUUACACUCUACUGCACUGUACACUUCACCGACUCACGUGGCGGCCAAACGCAUCCCUCCCUUCCAGUUAAUAGGUACAUAGUAUCAACUUGGUAGAAAGCUCUAAUGGUCACAACUCAUUGUUUGGAGGGGGGGGGGUGUGGAGGUAUUGAAAAAAAGGUAACAUUGACGCUAACUGUUACCCUUAAGAGAUGCCAUGAAUUUCUUUGAUUCAUUGUUAGCUGACGAGAAAUGUAUCGACAUGGAUCCACGUUGCCGUGCCUGGUCCAGGUGGAAAUAUUGCAUCGAUAAGGCACAUAAGAACGUUAUGAUGCAGGCGUGCAGGAGAAGCUGUGGAUUUUGCGUGGCUGGUAAGAGACUUUCUCAUCCAAUGUACCGGUUCUUUUUAUUACUUUGGACGAGAUUUUUCCCACUCUCUCAAGACCAGUCUAUGUUCCUCUCUUAGAGGGGAGGAGAAUCAUGGGCUCCAGGCUCUUACGAGCUCAUCAAAUUACGGGUAUUCCGUCGAUUCACAAUUUUUGUUUGCAUUUUUAUCGUCUAAAAAAACUUGCGCCCCUCUCUCAACCAAUCAGAUGCGAAACUAAAACCAAUUACGUCUUGGUCACCCGCGCUUUUGGCAGUUUGCCCGUUUUCACUUUGAGUACUGCUUGGCACUUUAGGUUAUUUUUGUUCCUGUGGAUUGGUCGUUGUGACUACCUCGGUUUUGGGGUAACGAAACUCAAUUUAGAAGUGUUCUGACGUAACGAGAAUUCCAAUUUUGAUCGUAGAAACCCAUGACUGCAGGGAUCGUUUGAAAUAUCGCUGCAAAAGGCUAAAAGACGAAGGAUACUGCGAAUCAAAGAAACCAAACGAGCGAAACUCCAUGAGAAAUAUGUGCGCUUUGACCUGCAACUUUUGUUGUAAGUGUGUGAAUUUAUACAUAUGUAGAAAAUGGAUAAUUAAAAACUUGAAAAGCGACUUUGGAUGACACCAUUUUAACCGCACAGUUUAAGUCAGUGUUUCGCACAGAAGAAGUAACUGUAAGAACUUAGGGUAUACAGUAUACAAUUUAUAUUAUUUUAUUGUUUUUAUUGUAGUUGCUAUUUUUUUGUCUUGUUUAUACAACUUAUUCAGGAGAAAUUAAGCUAAACUUGGGACAUCUUAACUACCAGUCACCAAUUUUUUCGAGCAAUUUUUUUUUUAACGACGUUUACAAACGGUGACUUAUAAUUUCAGACCGUUGGCAAGUUGCAAACAAGCAAUUUCAAAAAGGCCUACAAACAAAGUACAUUCCCUCUUUUAAUAUUUCUUGAACUCCAGACAAAGAUGUAACCGUGGCAAAAACAAAACCGGCAAGAAGACCUCCUUGUGUGGACACAAUGAAAGCCUGUUUCGGUUGGUCAAGGCUUGGUUACUGUUUCGCUGACCACAGAGAGAGUUUCAUGCGAGAGUACUGCAAAAGGAGUUGUAACCUGUGUUCUAGCAUGAGUCCAGAUCACACAAGUAAGUCAUUCAGAGCUAUUCAGUGACGUGUGUAUAUCCUAGACUGUAUGCAGUUUCUUCUUUGCGGCGAAGUCCGUCGCGCGAGUCAAAAAAACUAAUAAUGUUAGCGCGCUGAGUGGAAGCUUUGGAUUUUAUGGCUAAGAGGUUGCUGUUUGAUUUUAGCUGAAAAAUGUUUAGAUAACGACAUCAUGUGUGAAGAACUGAAGGGCCGCGGAUACUGUGAACAGGCGGACAAGAAAAAAUACAUGGCGUUUCAUUGUAAGAGAACUUGUAAACUGUGUAAUAGAAAAGAAGGUAAGCCCUUAAUAUCGAAUACAAAACUCUAAAUUGUCUAUGGCAGAACUUUUUCGUCAAUUUGCUCUUCCUUACAUAAUUCAAGAAGCCUUUGAGCUUGCCUGAUUACACAUGGCUUCAUUUCAACUGACAAAAUCAACGGCGAAAAACGCCAACAAAAAGAGUAAAUAGCUACUUUAGCAAGCGGGUUAGUGACUUUUGUAAUUCAAAACGAGUCAAUUAAGUUAUCCUCCCUUUCCCCCAUCCAUCGCGGCCUGUAUUUGUCUUCAAAAAUCAUAGUCGAAUACUUAUGUGUGUGUAAACAUAUUCACGCCUGUUUCCCGAUAGGAGCACAUGUACAUUUUAUUGCAAAUGUUUAGAACAGUCUAGACAGUCAGUGUUUUAUUAUCUGCUGGAUUAUAUAUAGUGAGAACAAAAGAAAAUUCAUACUUACGCUGUUUGAUUUUUUUCUUGUUGAUUUUAUUAGAGAUGCCAGCACCAUGCAAGGACAAGUAUAAAUCCUGUAACGCUUGGGCAGCAAAGGGUGGCUGUCACGUUAGAGCACUGUACAUGAUGAAAUAUUGCAAACGGACCUGCAACCUCUGCCGAUCGAUCGGAUUGUACCAGAUAAGUAAGUUGCUUACCUCACAUUUCUCCUGCCAGCUAAGCCAGAUAUUGCCUGGAUAUGCUUCCAUUUUCUCAUUCAAAUGUAUCAUUUUUUUUCAGAGCCCACGCUUCAAAAUUCGCCAUGCAUUGACAAGCACCCUUUUUGCCCCAGAUUGACUGAAAAAGGCUAUUGUAAUCUUUUUUCUAAAUUCAUGUACAAGAAAUGCCCACUGAGCUGUGAAGCUUGUUACCCAGGUAACGCAUUCCUCCAGGUUACUUUUUCUUUGUUUUUCCAGUCUCUUUCGCAGCCGUUCUUUGGGAUGUCACGCAACAUUGCCGUUUCCCUUGGGUUGAGCGUCGCGUGACAUCCCAAAGAAUAGCUGCGAAGGAGACGAGUCUUCCUCCAGCCCGUUAUCUUCAUGGUUGGGCAAAGAGGUGCGAAGCGAAGGUGUGAAAACUAAAUUUACGCGGCUCGAGUACUGGACGAUGAUUGAAGAAGGGAGAACAGUACAGUUUCUUGCGAAGAAAUAUGUUAUAAUUAUACUUCAGUAUGCAUUUUUAUUACGCUCGAGGACCUUAAGUUUUUUUCAGGGAGGAAAUGAGACAGAUCAAUUUAUUUUUUGGUGUAGCAAUUUUUUUUUCUACAAGAUAUUCUUACUGAGGAAUUUUCAGCAGAUAAAACUUUAGUCGGUAUAGUGGCCUCUCUUUUUCUUCUCAAGUAGAUAGUAUAUCUCCGAAAAUAAAAGAGAAAAAUAGAGAGAGAGAGAUGGAGAAAAAUAUCUGUAUUUUCUCUGUGAAGCCUUUGACCCCUAAGAGUGAUUAGCAUCUAAUUUCUCCUUAUGAUAUCUUCCCUGAAUCAAAUAUUAAGGUCACGAGAAUAAAAGAAAUGAUCACCAACUAAAAAUGCUCUUCAUUGUUGAACAAAUUCUCUAUGUCAGCACCUUAGUAAACGUAAAGUGUGGAGAAAAUGCAUAGUGAUGUUAGAGUGUAAAAGGGCAACAGACAAACAUGUUUUUCAUUUGCUUCUCUCCCAGAGGUUGAUAAAAAAUUGGCAGAGAAAUGUAAAAAUAAGAUGGAUGAUGCUAACUGUGAGCAUUGGGCUGGACUCGGCUACUGUCAAAGCAGGGCUAACUUCAUGACUGACAAGUGUCAACAUGCCUGCAAUUCAUGCCCUAAAGGUAACAACUAACUUUGGAGUGAAAUCUUGUACCUAUAUCUUAUUUGGCCAAAGGAAGUCUGGGCACAAGACAGUGGUUUUUCUUUAGAAAGCCAAUCACUUUUCUCAAUAGCAAACUGGGAUAAGAGAGGGGGAAAGGGGUUAGACCAAAAGACAGGUAAGCCGAACCCCCCCCCCCCUCCUCUUUCCCGCAAAGUUUUGCUAUUGAUGUCUUCAGUUUUUCAAGUAAAUACUGGUUUUCAACGUGUAUCUUACAUUUUAGAUGAAACUCAAGGAAGAAAGAGGCUGUUUGGAGUACAACUAUCAGAGGAAAGAUCCUAUUUGGUUUUAAGCCCCCCCCCCCCUUGUUGUUCAUGUAAAAUAAAAAAAAUCAAGGAAACACAUGAUGACGAAGAGCUUACAUUGACAAACUAAAGUAAAAUGCUUCGUGUUUGUUUUCGUAUAUUCUUUUCCAGAACCUGUUAAAACUCGACCAGCUAAACCUAAAGGUAAGUUCACUUUAAUUUGGUCCUAAUUUCAAGAUCUCAGGUUGAUGAAAUUUUCCUGAAGCCCUCAAGGUUUCGGCCAACGUUGGAAAUAGUAGCUUUAAGAUAAAGCUUCACACUUAUUUACUUUUCGUAUCCUGGAUUGCGACUUAUUUCUCUGUUUUUGUUCUUCUUUAGUCGUAGACAAUUCUUCCCUCGAGUUCCUUUGCAAAUCUAGUACAUUGCCUGACUUUACGUUCCUUUCGUAACACCUCAUAGGUAUAAGGUGUCAUGACCCUUGCAAAAAAUGGCUCGAGCGAGGACAGUGCACGACUAGAUGGCGAAGACGUUGUAUUAGGACGUGUUUAACUUUAGGAUGUGACGAGGAACCCGUGAGGCCAGAAGGUGAGAAACCAUCUUUUCUUUUUUUUUCUUUGCACUAUCGUGAUAAUGCUAUCCAUCUGAUAUUGAGAAAUUAUUGGAUGAUGUUCAGCAUGAUAUGAUGAAUUAUCAAUGCCGAGGUCUGCGUUAUCUGCCGAAGCCAAAGGCAGAUAACGCUAACAAGAGGCUUGACAAUUCAUAAUAUCAUGCGAAAACCGAAUUCACUAAUUAUUUUAUUACACAUUUUUUAAAUGAAACAAGCUGGAAAAGAAGGAAGUGCGCUUUGAAUUUGCAAAAGUUUGAGAACACAACACGCACGAGGGGCUUGGAAACUAGGCAGAUUUUGAACUUGACAUGAUAACCCAAUAGCUGCUGCAGAUAGGUGCUUUGACAGCGAAUGAGAGACAGAGGUUUCAUUAACUCCCAUGAGUGACCAAGACAGAAUUUCCCCUUGCAAUAUCUAUACAAUAUCAACCAGAUAAGUGAUGAGAAUAAAGAAGGAGAUCAAUUGGGGAUAAUUAGUUGAGCUAAUACUAAAUUCUCUGAAUUAACAAUAUAAAAGUUGUAUGGUUGACAGUAAGGAGAAUUACAAAUUUAAUCUGGGAGUUUAAGGGUUAAAAGCAGGUAACUGGCGGUCUACCGCCGCCCAUAAGACCUCCUGCAGCCAGGAUCUUGUUUGGGUUUUCCCCUACGGCACAGCCGCCUAUGACAUCAUCGAAAGCCGCCUGUGGAAAAAGUUAUCGAAAUCCUUGGGAGGGGCCAUUGAGUUUUAUCAGAAACCAGAGAGCCAGCGAGAAUUCAAACUUUGUUAGACUUGCUGGAUAAGGAAAAAAAUCAUAGAUUCCGGCAAAGCUGAAAAAGCACAAAAACUGAAAAAUAAUUUUAACAUAACCUUAACUGGCCCAAUCCCCAAAACCGAAAGAUCCAAUUAAUCCCCCCCUCCCUCACUAAUAAGAGACAGUUUGGGAAGUAACGAUACGAGACUGUUGUUAGUUUGAAAACAGGGCACCGAAUAAUGGAGUAAAUUUUCUCUACCUAGUCUCUAUGCCGUUUCAUCGUAAUUUCCGUGUUUGGUUCCUUCAGUUGCCUUUUGCUUCUUGUAGUUCUUGAAAAUCAGAGGUUACCACUGAAUUACUUAUCGCUGAAAAUAAUUCCUGCGCAGGAACUUGUUCUGAGCCCCUUGGAGUAGGAUGGGAUAGCACUCUGCCAGACAGUGCCUUUAACGCAUCAUCGAGUCUCUUCACACGUAAGUAGCUAGAGAUCAUUAAGAAUUUGUCAAAAUCCAUUAUAUUCGCAACGAAUCUUAGGGAAAAUCGAAAAAAAAGUAUUGUCAUUGUCAUAGCUUGCCGAAUUUUUAAGUACGCAAGGAGCCCGCUAAUAUAACUUGCUGUGAUUAUUUCUAAUCCAGGUCCAUGGGACUUUGGUCCAUAUAAUGGAAGACUCUAUCUACAGGACGAUCGCAUCAGAAAGAGAAUUGGUGGCUGGUGUGCGAGACACAAGAACCAUAAUCAGUGGUUACAGGUGGAUCUUGGAAAGAUUAAGUCCGUAACAGCUGUUGCCACUCAAGGUAUAAGCUCUAUUUAGGGUUAGGACACCUCCAGCUUCGUUACCGGUGGAGGUCGGAAGUUGGAACGAGUGCAUGAAUUGCAUAUCGUACGAACCCUACAAGCUUUUGCACGCUCAUGUUUUGCUCGUGCAUAUCCCAUCUCCUCCAUAUCGAAGGACUGAGAUAAAAAAAGGUGCUUUCGGUUAGUUUUGCCCUUGUAUGCUUUAAUUACUCUUAUUGCAGUUACGACCAACUUUUGGGGGUUGGCUUUAGAACACUCGCUUAGGCAAGAGGAACCGACACGCUUCUUCUGGAAUUUCUUCUUUAUUCAGUUAAAUCCUCAACUGUUCAACAGCUCAACAAACUAAGUCAAGUCUUAUACACAUCCAUACGUACUUUAUUAGUGAACAUUUUUGGGUUAUAGGCCUUUCGAUUUUGGAGGAUUAAAUCACUCUGUAGAACCUCUAACCCAAAUAUUCGUACAGGGUUUGUAGGAGCGAACAAAGCAUUUGAUAUUCUACGCAAUUAGAAGUCAAAAAUCACAAACAGGAAUUAUGUUUUUGGUCCAAACCAAGGCCAAGAGACAAAUCCAAACAAGAACACCAUUAACAAAACCCAGACCGGAACUACGUUGUUCAUGUUGUUCAUUGCAAACAUACAAAAUAUUUUGAUCAAUCUGGUAAAGGUAUACAGGUUCAAAGCUAGACAUCUAAACAUAACACGCUAAUCAGGAAACGUAACGUAACGUUGGGGCUAAAUCUACCUUUGACAACUAACUUCGCAACAAUACUUAGAGAGAAGCGCAGAAAGAAACGCAAUUCACCAGAAGAUAUCUGAAUUUGGUGUAUCAUUUCUGUUCAUACGGCUUCAGACAUUACUUUUAUACCCGAACCAACACAAGGAGAUCCAAAUUAUAAAUGAGCUUAUGAAUUAUCAAUUGACUAUUGUUUCUGUCAGGUCGAGACAAAUAUUACGAGCAUGUUAAAUCCUAUGAGCUGGCAUUUAGCAAGGACGGAGUGCGAUGGAAUCGUUACAAGGAAAACGGAAGAGUUCGGGUGAGAUUCAAUUACUUUCUCUAAGUCUACGUAAUUUAAAUUGAAGCAGUGUAGAUAUUAUGCCCCUCCCUGAGAGAGAUCGUAAAAGUUUUUACGAAUUUGAGCGUAGGUCCUUUUCAGUCGACCAUGGUGCAAAAUAUAGACUUAUACCACCGGUAUGAGUUUAUUCCAGAGGACUCAUAUACAAGAAUGAGACGGGUGUGUGCGAUUUCAAGGUUUGGCGCCAUCUCGAACUGGCUGACCACUCGCCUCGAUUUCAUGAGAGAGCUUUGAAUCCCGCUGGCUAAGUGUCCCGCGGGUUGACGCGCUUUGGUCUGAAUGUUAUGAGAAGAUACGUAUAAUUAAAUUCAAACCAAAUGAUUAAACACACUUCACUAAUCAAUUACUGUUACUAGUUAUCAUGUGUUAGUAAUUUUAUUUUUUCACUUUCUUUCGGUGAAAGGUAUUACCGGGAAACUGUGACAACUUUACCCCAGUGAUCAACAAGUUGAUCCGGCCCGUUCAGGCCAGGUUUGUCCGGUUUUAUCCCAGAACUUAUAACAAUAUAUGUAUGAGAGUCGAAGUGUACGGAUGUAGCAGGCAAAAAGGUGAGGCGAGACAGUAA